AUGCACGGGCAGGAAGCCCUCUUUUCUGAGAACAUGCCCUUAAAAGAAGUCAUCGCACAUUUGGAGCAACAGAAGGUAGCAACAACUCCCACACAAGAGAACGCAAGGGCACUCUUGGAGAUCCCCAAAGUCGUGUUCUUGGCAGCAGGUGAGUCAGGCUGGACAGAAGAGGGCUGCAGUGUGAUUCUCUACUUGUGUACAGUUUUAUCAAUUGUCUUAUUUGUCACAGGACAUGAAAAUACAGACGAUGGCUGCCAACCCCCUUGGAACACUAGUGUUGGAAGUGACGGUGUUAAUAGUGCUGGAACUGUGAGUGAUUCCCUUUGCACCUUCCAGAGAGUGCAAUAUCCGGAGCUUGAAGACAGGGAUGUUUCUUAUGGAGUCCCACAGGUUUCCAGAAGAGUAACUCAAGAUACUUCCAGGUCCCAGGAAGUGUCCCUGAGGGCACCUUCUUCUGAAGAGGUCCUUAUGGAGGUUCAGCCAGUGUUUCUCUCCCUCACCAAGCAGUCUGAGGUGACUGGAGAUGGCCACAACGCUACUGAUGUGAGUGGCGGGGUUAUUCGUCUCACAAGUGAGGGAGAUUCCAUUUUCAUUAUCCAGGGAGAGCAGUACUCUGUACCUGAUGUGGAAGGCGUUUCUUACAGAGAGCCUCAGGGUUCAAGAAUAGCAUUGUGCAGUACCCGCAGGUCCCUCGACAGGUCUCUGUGGACAGCUUCUCCUGGAGUUGUCCCUAUGGAGGUCCCAGGCUUCCUCUGCAGGCCAGAGCAGUCUACCCCUAAGUCUGUCCCUCUUUUCCAGAAUCAUGAGGCAAAUUCCACCUUUAAGGGUAACCAAGAGAGACUCCAGAGAGACCCCAAACCAUACAAAUGCGAGGAAUGUCCCAGAACCUUCAAAUAUCCCAGCAACCUCUCCAUCCACCAGAAAGCACACAAGAAGGAGAGGCCAUUUUUCUGUAAGGUGUGCCAGACAGGCUUUCACCAAGUCUCGGAACUUCGAUUUCAUGAGGUCAUACACAAGGCAGGGAAGCCUUUCACAUGCGAUGCCUGUGGAAGGGCCUUCCGAUACAAGACCAACCUGCAGGCUCAUGAGAGGAUCCACACAGGAGAGAAGCCAUACUCCUGCUCCCUGUGUGAUAGCAGCUUCUGCCAGUCAUCCACAUACCACUGUCACUUCAGGAAGUUCCACAAAUCAGAAUGA